AUGGAAUUUGACGAAAGUGAUAUUUUUGAUUCUCAAGAUUUUUUAAUUGGAGAAGAACUUGAUACCGAAUUUCAAUUUGCUGAAGAAAAUGACUUCCGACCAUUGACUGAUCAAGAAGAAAAAAAUUCCGGUUCAUCAUCCGCUUCGUCGUCGAAUGCUGAGCAAUCCACAACUGAUGAAAGUAAUGAUGAAUCACUGCGUUUUAGGAUGGGUGACCUUGCUUCGAACAAGGCAGGACUACAGGGAGUUGAUAAAGAAAAGAUUAAUCAAGUCAUUUUUGAAGCUUCAAAGAACUCAGCGUUUUAUUAUAAUGAAGUCAGAAAGGACGAGGCUCUAAAACACAAAACAGAGCAACUAUUAAAAAAAUAUGAAGCUCUCAGAAAACAAGAUUUGUCUACCUUUAAUAAUAAAGUUGAUAGUUUGGUGCAGGCCAUAGAACGUAAGAGGGAUUUAUCUCGCAUAAUAGUGCACAUCGACAUGGAUGCAUAUUAUGCUUCUGUCGAAGAAAGAGAUAAUCCUUCUUUGCGCGGUAAACCAAUGGCAGUUGGAAGUAAUUCUAUGUUGAGCACGUCGAAUUACGAAGCCAGACGUUAUGGUGUUCGUAGUGCUAUGCCAGGCUUUAUUGCUAAAAAGUUAUGCCCAGAACUUAUUAUAGUUCCAUGUAAUUUCGACAAAUACCACGCAGUCGCGAAGCAAAUACGUGAGGUUUUUGCUCGUUAUGAUCCAAAUUAUACACCUAUGAGCCUAGAUGAAGCAUACUUGGAUAUUACAGAGUAUCUCGAAACAAUAGAUAAAACACCCGAUGAAGUUGUUGAACAAAUUCGUAAAGAAAUACAUGAAGAGACAAAAUUGACAGCCAGUGCAGGCAUCGCCGCCAACAUGUUAUUAUCUAAAAUAUGUUCCGAUUUUAACAAACCAAACGGACAAUAUCGACUUCCAAAUGAUAUUAAUGAUAUCAUGAGAUUCAUUCGACCUCUUCCUGUUCGUAAAAUCCCUGGCAUUGGUCGAGUCACUGAGAGGAUUUUAAAGGAUAUUGAUAUAACGGCACUUGGAAUUGGAUCGACUAUUGUUAAAUCAGAAUAUAAGCGAAAGAGUAUGAGUAUAUCAAGAACAUUCUGCAGGUUAAGCCAACCUAAUGAGUUGUUUGCCAAACUCCGCGAAUUAGUUGAUAAUUUGGCUGCUGACCUCGCUAAAGAAUAUCUCCAUGGAAAAACUAUCGCAUUGACAUUUAAAUCUGUUAGUUUCAAAGUGACUACACGUGAAAGAUCUCUUAAAAGAUAUAUAUAUACGGCCGAUGAUUUAUAUCAUUUUGGAAAACAAAUAUUAGUAGAUGAACUACCCUUAAACAUAAGGCUCAUGGGUGUACGACUAUCUAAUUUACGUUCACGUAAUGAUGAAUGUGGACUGAAAAGGUGGUUUUUUAACCAACCAAACCCUUCACAAAAAUCAAUAACUCCUAAAGAAUCUGAUUUUGAACCGCCAAAAACAUCAAAACCUGAAAAUAGUUGCUUGAAAAGGUGGUUUUCAACACAAGAAGAUACAACUGAACAGGAAAAACAGGAAAAACAAGUCAAAAGGCAACGUCUUAAUAUUGAACCAUUUGGAGCUUCUAAUUCAAUUAAUCAUGAUUCUGCUCGUAAGAAUAUAGUCGACCUGUUGAUAGAACAUGAACCUGCAACAACUUCUUGUAAUUCAACUCUAGAAACCAAUGAAAAGCGUAAAUGGUAUCCUGUACCAACUGUUCUUAAAAGAUAUACUUGCCCUGGAUGUAAUAAACAAUUUCCAAAUGUAAAAGUUUCUCAAAUUAAUGAGCACCUGGAUACAUGUUUAAAUACUGAAGAUAUAACCGAAAGCGAUUAUGAGCAAGACGUGAUAUAUUCAACCGAGGUUUAUGGAUCCGAUAUUCCUGAAAAUUCUGAAAACAACCCAGAGAUGAGUAUUGACUGGAAAUGCCCAAAAUGUGAUAAAAUCUUCAAAAAACCUACGAACAUGCGCAUUAAUUCACAUCUUGACAAUUGUUUAAAAUCUGAUAAGAGAACGGCAAAGACAAGUCAAAGAAAGAGAAAAAGUAAUACGAAAAAAAGUUGCAAUAAACAUUAA